AUGAGGAGUUCAUGGGCUGAUUCAGUUGAGAAUGUGCCAUCUGAUAAUGCUGGGACUAGUGGUGGAAGUGGAGUUUCUGGCAGACAAAAUUAUGUACCACCUCACCUUAGGAACAAUGCACCGGCAGCCAAAACCCCAGCUCCCUCACAUAGUGCCCCAAUAUUUACUAAUGACAGGUCAGGUUAUAGUGGACCAGGAAGUGGGUCAAGGUGGGGUGGUCCUAGGCAAGGCUACGGUGGUGGUGGUCGCGGUGGGAGUGGCUGGGGCAGCAGAGGUGGUGGCCGGGGUAGAGAGCAGGAAGUGAACCCUUUUGGUAAUGAUGAUAUUGAUGGUGCUGCAGAAACUGCCAAUCCACAGGAAACUACUGGUAUUAAUUUUGAUGCUUAUGAGGAUAUUCCUGUAGAAACAAGUGGGGAUAAUGUGCCACCUCCUGUGAAUACAUUUGCGGAGAUAGACUUGGGGGAUGCCCUAAACCUGAAUAUUAGGAGGUGCAAAUAUGUUAAACCAACUCCUGUGCAACGUCAUGCAAUCCCCAUUUCUCUAGCUGGACGAGAUCUGAUGGCUUGUGCUCAGACUGGGUCUGGAAAGACAGCUGCUUUUUGUUUCCCAAUUAUUAGUGGAAUCAUGAAAGGGAAUGCUCUGCAGAGACCGCGUGGAAUACGGACUGUUUUCCCACUUGCUCUAAUUCUUUCACCGACAAGAGAGCUUUCAAUGCAGAUUCAUGAGGAAGCUAAGAAGUUCUCCUAUCAAACUGGUGUGAGAGUUGUAGUUGUUUAUGGUGGGGCUCCAAUAACCCAACAGCUCAGGGAGCUAGAGAGAGGAGUUGAUAUUCUUGUGGCAACUCCUGGAAGAUUAGUUGAUUUGCUUGAGAGAGCAAAAGUCUCAUUGCAGAUGAUAAGAUAUUUGGCACUUGAUGAGGCUGAUCGUAUGCUGGAUAUGGGAUUUGAGCCUCAAAUCAGAAGAAUAGUGGAGGAAAUGGAUAUGCCCCCACCUGGCGAAAGGCAGACUAUGCUGUUCAGUGCCACAUUUCCAAGGGAGAUCCAGAGACUUGCAGCUGAUUUUCUCUCAAACUACAUAUUUUUGGCUGUUGGAAGGGUUGGUUCCAGUACCGAUUUGAUUGUUCAGAGAGUUGAACUUGUUCAAGACAAUGACAAGAGAAGCCAUCUGAUGGAUCUUCUUCAUGCACAGAAGGCAAAUGGAAUUCAUGGCAAGCAAGCUCUAACUUUGGUAUUUGUGGAAACAAAGAGGGGGGCGGAUGCAUUGGAGCAUUGGUUGUGCUCAAAUGGAUUUCCUGCAACUGCCAUUCACGGUGAUAGAACACAACAGGAAAGAGAGCAGGCAUUAAGGGCGUUUAAGAGAGGGGAUGCACCCAUUUUAGUUGCAACUGAUGUGGCAUCCCGUGGUCUUGAUAUUCCUCAUGUUGCUCAUGUCAUCAAUUUUGACCUCCCUAACGACAUAGAUGAUUAUGUGCACCGGAUAGGAAGGACAGGGCGUGCUGGCAAUACAGGAUUGGCAACAGCCUUUUUUAAUGAAAAUAAUGUGUCGUUGGCCAAAGCAUUGGCGGAACUGAUGCAAGAAGCUAACCAAGAGGUACCUGAUUGGUUGACCCGCUAUGCUAGCCGUUCAUAUGGGGGAGGUAGAAGCAAGCGGUCUGGUGGGGGCCGUUUUGGUGGCCGUGACUUUAGAAGGGAUUCCUCAUUUGGAAGAGGCAGGAGUGGUGGAGAUUAUUAUGGCGGAGGUGGCUAUGGCGGUGGCUAUGGAAAUUCUAGUGGGGGAGUUAACUAUGGCGGUGGUGGUGGUUAUGGCAAUUCUAGUGGCGGAGGAUAUGGCGGUGGUUAUGGCAACUCUAGUGGGGGAGGAUAUGGUUCUGGAAGUGCGUGGGACUAACUAAUGUGUCCCCAUGGGAUUGGGAUUUUAGAUUUUCAGUGGUGGGUAUCAAUGCAAAAAUGUGGUUGACUGAGUUUCUUGUCUUAACGUUAGAUACAUUAUUUGAAUGUGAUCCAUCCAUCCAUCCUGUUGAGGAUAAAGCCCAGAUUUUGUCAUGCCCAGUUAUUUAAGACUACUAACCACCAGAGUUUUUUUUUUUUAGUUCCCAGAGUUACUUCCCGAGUUUGUAUACAUAUUAUUACAUGCUAAUGCUAUACAAUACAAUGAUGAAAUCAGCUUCUUGAUGCCA